GGGUAUAAAAACUGCCCGCGCGGGAGCCCCGGCCAGCUUUGGGGUUGUCCUGGGACGUGUCCUGCUUCCCGAGUCUCACGCUCUGGCGAAGGCGGCGGCCACAUAUCGUUUGACUAAAGGACUCACCGUCCAGUGCUCCAGCCGAAGACCCUAAGGGCCCGCCUCCAGCGCCGCCACCAUGCCCAACUUCUCUGGCAACUGGAAGAUCGUCCGAUCGGAAAACUUCGAGGAUUUGCUCAAAGUGCUGGGGCUGCACCACCUGCCCUGUCCUUCAUGAACUUUCUCGGAAACUAGCCAGACUGCUCCAGCUGUCUCUUGGGGAAGGUGUAACACAGGUGCCUGGAGCACCCCAAAAGGUGAGCCUCUCUCUUCUCUGCAGGGGUGAACGUGAUGCUGAGGAAGAUCGCUGUGGCUGCCGCCUCCAAGCCGGCAGUGGAGAUCAAACAGGAGGGAGACACUUUCUACAUCAAAACCUCUACCACCGUGCGCACCACGGAGAUUAACUUCAAGAUUGGAGAAGAGUUCGAGGAGCAGACUGUGGAUGGGAGGCCCUGUAAGAGCCUGGUGAAAUGGGAAAGUGAGAACAAAAUGGUCUGCGAGCAGAGGCUUUUGAAGGGAGAGGGUCCCAAGACCUCCUGGACCAGAGAACUGACCAAUGAUGAGGAGCUGAUCCUGACCAUGACGGCGGAUGACGUUGUGUGCACCAGGGUCUACGUCCGCGAGUGAGUGGCUGUGGGUCUGACAGAGGCCCAAGCCCAUCCCCAGCCCACGCUCCUGCUUCUCUGCCCUGUGGGCCGUCCCUCCCCCCUGCCUUCUAGGCUAGCUCUCCCCCUCACCCAUGCCACUUCCCCAGGUGCUGGGAUGCCUCCUGCAGGGGCUCUGCGUUUUUUGCCCCUCCUCCGCUCCCCUGUUCCAACAAAGAGGGAUGGGUUGCAGGAGCCCAGAUCACCCAUUUUGGAAUCACUCCCCUCACCCCCCAAAUAGCCAGUCCCAGCCCCAAACCAGCCCAGAACCGUCUCUUUCUGUGAGGGGACCUGAGGGCCUGAGAGGGAAAGACAACCCUCAGGCUUCUACUUUGUCCCUGUAGCCUAUACAGUAUAGAAUAUUUAUUGGUUAAUUUUAUUAAAAUGUUUUAAAAAAAAAUA